AUGUGUUUCUGCAUUCGUUUCUACACUCCUGCAGAGCCGACUUUGCCUCCUUCCGGAGUGAGGAGUAUAUCUCGAUCUGUCAGGCAACUGGGCGUCUUCGACUUGAUCUCUUGGCGUUCACCAACCUCCCUGUCCGGACACAACGGACGACUGUCCGCCUACGAGGUGCACUGCGAACCCGUCAGCUUUGGCUGGGCUGGUCGGGCACAGGCUUCAGCCGACCUCCUGACGUCACAGACCUUGGCAACCAAUACGGCUGGCUUGGCGUCGGGCGGACUCAGAAAGUCGACGGGUCCGCGGCGUCUCAACCUCACGCAGGCGGCGAGCAGAGCCGCGACCGUCUGGAGCCCGAGUCCCGGGGACCAGGUGACGCGAAGAGGGCGAAAGAAGGGACGCAGCUCGUCUGCUGGCCGAAGGGAGAUGGCCAUGUCCGCGGCCUGGCCUGCGUGGGUCUGGCCGCACGGCGUCGUGCCCCUCCUCCGCGUCCUCUUCGACGGUCAGCCGGCAAGCCCCCUCUGGCACUCUCCGGUACCGCCCAAGGCCGAGCCGGAGGCCGGGCAGACGUCGACCGGACCCAGCGAUUGGGGCAUCCACCCGGAGUCAUGGCAGCCCGAGGCGACGAAUUGCAUGUGCGCAGUGCGAGCCUACACGCCAGCAGGUCCAGGACCCUGGUCGAAACGGCAGAAUGCUGUCCUGAACACACUCUGUACGUUGUCGCGUCCGGAUGCAGCUUCUGCCAUUGCGUCUAUAGCUUAUGCCUCCACUUGCACCUCCACAUUUAUCUUCGUCUCCAUCGCCGCCUUGCCCAACACACAACCUAGGUUGUAGGGUGUUCUUGUCGAGGAUGGACGACAGUUUCGAUCUCGUCUAGCUCUUACCAACACCUCCCAGUGGGACUCGAACCUUGAGUUUCAAGGAAAGCCAUGCAUUUUCAUUCUA